AUGUUAUGUAAUAAUGACAUUUCAUGUCGAAUCUAUGAUAUCAAUGCACUCCUACUCAACCAAUGUCGACUCUUUCAAGGUGAUAUCAAUCUACAUGCUCAAUCACCAAUACUUGGCUCACCUUGCCAACAGAACAUGAGUAUGUGUCGAGAAGAUAUCAACUAUACAUGUCUUCGCUUCAAUCAAUGUGGACCUCUUAAAGUACUGGAAGGUACGACGAUAGUCGAUGGCAACACAGUCAUUGCAAAAAGUGUAACUGUUGGUUUAUCUGGUCCGACGAGUAUUCUGGUUAACAAAACAGUGGACAAUGCCAUCAUUGUGGUUGAUAGUGCUUAUGGACAAGUGAUAAGCUUUCACGACGACGUUUCCAAUAUCAGCAAUGUCACACUCGUGGCAAAAAACUGGACUGGUGGAAAUAUGUUCAACACACCGUACACUGCAUUCAUUCAUUCAAGUCAAAAGUCAGUAUUGUAUGUUACUGAUUAUUAUGGUCAUUGUGUUUACAAGAUCGAUAAUAUGCAAGUUGUGUCUCCAGUACCAAACGUGGUUGCUGGCGUUAAAGGCUCUUUUGGUAAUGGUACUAACAAGCUGUAUUAUCCAUAUAGGAUAGCAGUUGAUAGUGCGGGUAAUCUGUAUAUUACUGAUAGUCGAAAUCAUCGUGUGAUGCGUUAUGCUGCCAACGCCACUUCAGGAGUUAUGAUAGCCGGCACAGGUACAUCUGGAAGUGAUUCUCUUUCUCUGAAUCGACCAUAUGGAAUGUAUUUGGAUGAAGACAAUUCUUAUAUCUAUGUGGUUGAUGCAUUGAAUAGUCGUAUUCAACGUUUUUCCUUGUCUGGUGGAUCGCCAAAUAAUGGCACAACUGUGGCUGGCGGAAAUGGCAAUGGAUUAGACAACAAUCAGCUCUAUCUUCCUUUUGAUAUCUGCUUAACGAAAAACAAGAGAACAAUGUACAUUGCGGAUACUGGAAAUAACCGAAUCGUGCGUUGGAAUAUCGGUGAGGCAUCUGGUGUUAAUAUCGCUGGAGAUGUGAAUGGAAAUUCGGGCAGUAGUGCAAGUAUGUUUGAUCAGCCAUACAGCGUAGCUCUGAAUGAUAACGAAACAUUUUUGUAUGUGGCCGAUAAAACGAACAGUCGUAUUAUAAGAUUUGAACUUAUCUAA